CAGGGAGUCGAUAUAACCGAUAUUGAGCUGGUGGUCCAAUGGCGGACAACUUGCGAUCUCAACAGCCUUUGGCAACGUUUCAGUCGCGCAGCUCGAGAUCCCUCUCGGACGGGUCUUGCUAUCCUGUUUGUGGAGCCGAGACACUUCGAC